UUGAUAUUUGUAUUUUGUUUUGCUGACUUCUCUCUAGUCGCUAUCCAAUUACAUUUAAUGCACUUGUUUCAAGUUUGCACCAGUGAAAAAGUGGGUGCCCACAGAGCAUCGGGAAGCAUUGGAUUCCUCAACCUAUUGCGAGACUCCGGUGUACAGCCCGGACCUGAGUCCCAACAUGAUCGCGGCUCAAGCCAAACUGGUCUACCAGCUAAACAAAUACUACAACGAGCGAUGCCAGGCUAGAAAAGCUGCGAUUGCCAAGACUAUUCGAGAAGUGUGCAAAGUGGUCUCCGACGUCCUUAAAGAAGUAGAAGUCCAAGAACCUCGCUUCAUCAGCUCUCUUAGCGAGAUCGAAACGCGCUUCGAAGGCUUGGAGGUGAUCGCUCCAACAGAGUUUGAGGUGGUCCUCUAUCUGAACCAAAUGGGGGUCUUCAAUUUCGUGGACGACGGCUCACUGCCUGGCUGCGCCGUGCUAAAACUGAGCGACGGACGCAAGAGGAGCAUGUCCCUUUGGGUCGAGUUUAUUACAGCUUCAGGUUACCUAUCAGCCCGAAAGAUCCGUUCCCGAUUUCAGACCCUAGUGGCACAGGCAGUGGACAAAUGCAGUUACCGAGAUGUGGUGAAGAUGGUUGCGGACACAAGCGAGGUAAAGUUAAGGAUCAGGGAGCGCUAUGUAGUACAGAUCACGCCAGCUUUUAAAUGCACGGGCAUCUGGCCCAGGAGUGCGGCUCAGUGGCCCAUGCCGCACAUUCCUUGGCCCGGUCCGAACCGAGUUGCCGAAGUCAAAGCUGAAGGUUUUAAUCUCCUGUCCAAAGAGUGCUACUCCCUGACAGGCAAGCAGAGCUCGGCAGAGAGCGACGCUUGGGUUUUACAGUUCGGCGAAGCUGAAAAUAGGCUACUGCUGGGGGGCUGUAGGAAAAAGUGCCUAUCCAUUUUAAAGACUUUGCGCGAUCGACACCUCGAGUUGCCAGGCCAGCCCCUCAAUAACUACCACAUGAAGACACUAUUACUCUACGAAUGCGAAAAACACCCCAGAGAAACCGACUGGGACGAGUCAUGCCUUGGCGACCGCCUCAACGGCAUACUGCUCCAGCUCAUCUCUUGUCUCCAGUGCCGGAGGUGUCCUCAUUACUUUCUUCCAAACCUAGAUCUUUUCCAAGGAAAGCCUCAUUCGGCUCUGGAAAGUGCGGCUAAACAGACAUGGCGAUUGGCGAGAGAAAUUCUUACCAACGCAAAAAGUCUCGAUAAGCUAUAG